AUGAUCGGACAACGUCGUGCCGUCAGUCAGCACACUCAGGCGAACUAUGCUCACCGGACCGACCAGCAGAAGGCCAAGGACUUCCAGUUCAUCAAGGAUAUAUGCUCCUGGUUUGGCAUCGCUCUCUUAGCCAUGGCUAUUCACAUUAUGUUUUUAAUCGCUUUCGCUGUUACGGCACCACUCGAAGACGGUGAGCUCGAGGAUUGGAUCAGCCUUGCUCGCGGAUUCCGCGUUAUGGCUGUCCUAUUCGACGAAAUACCUUUCGUCUUCAAAAAGGCCCAGUGGAUUCCCAUCUGUCACCGAUACUGUCUGCCCAGCUAUGCGACCGAGUUCGGAUCGACGAUGCGAAUGGUUCAACACCUCAUCCUCAUCUGGGUUAUCGAACCACAGAUUAUUCAGCUCUGGCGCUUUCAUCAACUAGAAGAGCCUCUCCUUGGACAGAGUACUGGAGUCCUGCUGACGACCUUUGUCGUCGUCACGGCCGUCGUUGCGCUACGAAAACUAGUUGAGCGCUCUGGCCUUAUCGCCGACCUCAAGGUUAGCCUUGCCUGCAAACAACGAGAGUCAAUGGAAGCCAACGCAAGAGAUACGGCAGUGCGACACGACUAG